GUGCUUUGCUGGAUCAUGACUUCACCUUAUAACUUAAAGACUAGAACCAUCCAUGUCAAGUAUUCCUGGACUCGUCACUGUAAUAUCUCUUUGUUCAUGAGUUCUACCAAUGAUAGCUUUCCAACUAUUGGUCUGGGGACCAAAGAAGGACGAAGUAAACUCUACUUUAAGACCAUUGGGGCUUUUCAAUAUAUACAUAAACAUUACUUCGAUCAGGCUGACUGGUUUUUAAAAGCUGACGAUGACACGUAUAUAGUGAUGGAAAACCUCCAUCUAAUGCUCUCCAAUUAUUCAUCUGACCAGCCUAUCUACUUUGGGAAACUGUUCAAACUUUUUGUCAAACAGGGGUAUAUGAGUGGUGGAGCUGGUUAUGUACUGAGUAAGGAGGCACUAAAACGUUUUGUUGAAGGGUUCGCCUCUGGUAACUGUAGUCAUAGAUCUCCUGUGGAGGACUUGGAACUUGGACAGUGCAUGGAGACCAUGGGAGUUUCACCCAUUGACACUCGAGACUCUGAAGGGAGAGAGACCUUCUUUCCAUUUCCUCCGGAAUUUCACCUAACUAGCCAUUUUGAAAAAAAUGACCUUUAUCGCGAUUAUUCCUUCUAUCCUGUUGUUGAGGGUCCCCAGUGCUGCUCAGACCUGGCCGUAUCAUUCCACUAUGUGGAUGCAGAACUCAUGCACACCCUGGAAUAUUUCACCUACCACUUGAGAGCGUAUGGAUACCAGUACCGCUACCACCCCCACCCCCAGUGGCCACCACACACUGACAGACUGCAUGUUAACGCCACGGAUCCUAUAAAUGUGAAAACGAAUUUAAAUGAGUCUUCUGCUGUGAAUAUCACUUUGGGAACCUAG